CCGGGCCGGCUGGGCAGGGAGUGCGGGUCGGUUCUGUGCGCGCUGCCGGACGAGGCUCCCGCCGCCGAUUGACCCGCGCUCCGCCCCGUAGCCGGGCCGAUUCCACAUGUAAAUGAUACCAUAUGACAUCUGUAAGGGGAUCCUGGGAGCUAAUGUCAGAAGAAAGUGACUCGCUGAGAACCAGCCCUUCCGCGGCCUCGCUUUCGGAAAAUGAGCUGCCGCCGCCUUCCGCCCCCGCCGGCUACGUGUGCUCGCUGACCGAGGACCUGGUGGCCAAAGCCAGGGAGGAGCUGCAGGAGAAGCCGGAAUGGAGGCUCCGCGACGUGCAGGCUCUGCGGGACAUGGUGCGCAAGGAGUGCCCCAACCUGAGCACCUCGCUGGAGGACGCCUUCCUGCUGCGCUUCCUCCGCGCCCGCAAGUUUGACUAUGACCGGGCCCUCCAGCUGCUCGUCAACUACCACAGCUGCCGGAGAAGCUGGCCCGAAGUCUUCAACAACCUGCGGCCUUCCGCCUUGAAGGAGGUCCUGGCCUCCGGCUUCCUCACGGUGCUGCCGCACACCGACCCCAGGGGCUGCCACGUCCUCUGCCUCCGCCCAGACAGGUGGAUCCCGAGCAACUACCCAAUUACGGAAAACAUCCGAGCCAUAUACCUGACAUUAGAGAAACUCAUUCAGUCUGAAGAAACCCAGGUGAAUGGAAUUGUAAUUCUUGCAGACUACAAAGGAGUGAGCUUAUCAAAGGCAUCUCAUUUUGGCCCUUUUAUAGCCAAAAAGGUGAUUGGCAUCCUUCAGGACGGUUUCCCCAUUCGGAUCAAAGCAGUCCAUGUAGUGAAUGAACCUCGAAUAUUUAAAGGUAUUUUUGCCAUCAUAAAACCAUUUCUGAAGGAGAAGAUAGCAAACAGAUUUUUCCUUCACGGGUCUGACCUGAACUCUCUCCAUACAAACCUUCCAAGAAACAUCCUCCCCAGGGAAUAUGGGGGCACGGCUGGAGAGCUGGACAUCACCGCCUGGAAUGCGGUGCUGCUGGCCUCGGAGGAGGACUUCGUGAGGGAGUUCUGCCAGCCGGGCCCUCCCUGUGACAGCAUCCUGGGCCAGGCCCCGCCACCCGAGGGGCUGAGCUCAGAGGCGCCCUGUGAUGACUCCAUGCGGGCCGUGAAAUCGCAGCUGUACUCCUGCUACUAGCCAGUCUCCCGCGAACGUCACCAUCUUUACCACCUUUCCUUCUUUCUUCGGAGAGGCCCAAGGAGGAUUCGAGGUGCCAGGGAUUGUCUUGCUCCUUGGAACGGAACUGCAGCAUGGGGGAAAAGCCUGGAGAGCUCUGAGCCACAGGGUGAGGUUUGGGUGGCUUGAAUGACUCUGGAAGACAUGGAGAAAGUCCCCCAGCAAUUCCAAAAUAUUUGGAAUCCCAGUGUGCAGCCAUGAACGUGGAAGCCGUGUCUGGUAAUUACAGAGCUCAAAGCAAGAAACAUCAGGACCAACGUCACUUUGAUCCCACAUUCCAGGAGAAAACCCCGAUUGGCCAGGCAGAGCAUUCCUGAGAGACGAUUUGACCACGCCUGCCAGGGGGCCACAUGUAAGAUGGUGAGAUUGUCUUCAAAGAGACUACAGACCUCUCUCAUCUUGAAAGUCUGAGGGUCUGGAAAGCACCUUCACUGAAUCAUGCAAGAGGACAGAAGCAGCACCUCGGGAACCAGGGACCUUAUGUACCCUUGGGAUUCAUGGGCUGAAUCUUGCAAUAGAACUUUAAAGUUUUCCCGAACCCAUUAAGCCUUAGUCCUGGUUCUCAAAAGAAUCAUACGUGAUCCUAGACGCACAUGAGUUUACUCAACCAAGAAGCCUGGAUGUCAGUCCUGUGUAGCUAAAAGAAUUCUGGCCUAAGAAUUAUGAGACCUGGGCCCCAGCCUUAGAUGUGUUUCUGUGGACAGGACACACGAGCCUCUGUGGGCCUCCAGCCUUCUCAUCUGUAAAAUGAGGCUGAAUGAAGUGAUGAUGAGGGCCCUUUUGUCUACUAAUGGGGCUCUGCGAUUUGGUUAUUUAUUGAAUGUUAGACAUUGGUUUUCUGCCUAGAAAGAGCACUCUCUAGAAACCAGUGGUUGGAUUCUGUAUUUUUGUGGUUUGCAUGGGCCUUCCCAAGAGGGAUGCGUCAUUGUUUUGGCCCUGUCUUUAACGAAAUGAGUGGACUCAGCAAUACCCAUUUUCCUUUCACAGGGAGGGUUAAACUUGAAAAUGAUGGCCUUUGUGAAGGCAGAUGCGAUGCCCAUGAUCUUGGGUGAAUUCCUUCCAACUCGGAGACUCUGGCUUAUAUUUUAAACUUGGCAAUGGUAAAGGGUUAAAUUAAUUGGCAUUCUUAAAAUUUGGCCUCUGGAAAUAAGGGCAAGUUAUUCUGGGACACCUGCUCCCCAACCCACCUGAGUUUCUAUCUCUCAUGUCCUGCAUUUUAGCACUUUAGACCCUUCCUGUCAAGAACUUAGCCUUAGCCCAAGCAUCAAAUUAGGUGGUUCAUCUGAUGGCUUUUGACCUAUUUCCUUUCAUUCAUUCCAUGGAAACUGUGGUGUUGAAAAGUGACAAGUACCACGCAUUGUGUGUGUUACCCUCUCUGUGCACUUGUUAGAGCGCAGCAGGCAAACUGAAUGACUCAGUUAGGACUAGAACAGUCCUCUGACAUGUAAAGGCCAAUCAGUUGUUCAUAAGCUAUUUCUCUCUCUCUAGCACUUUUUUAAAUGUCUGGAGAAGUUGUUGGUGGAAAUGACUUACCUCAUUCGUGCCAAUUCUGGGAAGAACUGUUUUCACCAUAGAAACUAACCUUGGAUGCUCUAAGGAUCUGGCUGGGUGGGAGGUGUCAAAAUACACACCCCGGCUACCUCUAGUCCCGUCUAGACAGUGCCAUGACAAUGAUGGUGUGACCACCAUUGCUGGAAAGGUCUAAAUGGGACAAGUGGGAUGGCUGUAGUAAUGAGUUCAGAACCCAACUGCCUGGGAGAACUGGUCACAGGUUUUCUUAGGUCCCAAAGAGGACAAAGAUUAAAAAACAAACAACAAACAAAAAAAAAACAAUUAAAAAAACAAACAGCCCCACCAAAUUUCCAAGGCUUAAACUGUGCAUUGCAUUCCUGGCCAGUUGCCUUUGUCCAUGUGUCUUAACGUGGGGACGGCCAAGCUCAUCUCCAGAAAUUUCUCAAAGACCAGGAAGGGGUGUUACCCAUUUCCCAGACCUUCCCGGUUAGAUCAAGGAGCUGUUUAGUUCAGCUUCCGAAAGGAGUCAAAGCCAAGGAUUGUCUACCUUCUGGAGCUGCUGGAGCUGCUGUGUUUUAUGUUGGCUCCAGGGAGAGCAAGUGGUUUUGGCACUUCAGGAGGUUUGGUCCGAGCUGUGAAAGCAGGACCUCCCUGGGUGAAAAACGUGGGGGUCUCUGCCUGGCUUCUCUUUACGGCUGCCUCGGCAGGGCAGGGGAAUGACCACAGGGGCACCCUGGGAGUUUCACUCAGCACUGGGGGGACAGUGAUGGAGCAAGUAACUGAACACCAGGAGAACUGAGUGUUUUACUUAAGGGAAAAGUUCUGACUCAUUUCAGACACCUGAAAAGGAACAUUUCCUGCAAUUCAGGGCUAUGUGCUGUACGCAAGGGAAAGAAAUAGUAAACCAGGAGACCCAAGUUCCAGCUUUACUUUGCCACGUGGCCUUGGUCAGCUGCUGAACAUCCCUAAAUCAUCCUAUGAUGAAGGGGGUCUACACUUGAGAGCCCUGAACCCUCUGUUCCUGGCAUCGGAGGAUUUGUUCUCCCCCGCCCACCCCACCCCCGCCACCUGAAUGACUCUUUAGGCAGUUUAGGUCUGAAUGAACUGACAUCUAAUGCUUCCAAAUGAGUCUGUAAGCUUGGGUAAUGGGGUUGGGGAGUUCUUCCUUCUCUUUUAUACAGAAUUCUGGAAAGUUGUGCUUCUUCCUGGAAUUCUGUUCUUUCAUGGCCAGAGGCUGGGAGUAAUCUACA